AUGUCUGAUCUGGAUUCCAGUCAAAACGACAUUGACGUGGUGCUUAAGCGUGAAAUUUUGAUCGGGCAAAAACCCUCUCGGAACUUUCAAGCAGACAGCUAUCAAGAGAACUUCCCAGACGAGAGAUCUCAUCGAACGGAUCUCGCUUGGUGUGAUCCCCACCAAAAGAAUAUGGGAAUGAAUUUCGAACCUAAUGGAUGGAAAAGAAAGAAGCUCAUACGUUCACAUCCAGGUUUUGAAACACAUCUUUCAUAUCCGGGUGGUGGUACCCCUCUUCAUAAUAUAUUCAUAAACCGUCUUUCAUGUACAGGUACCUCGUCUAACAAACACGGGAUUGAAGAGCCACAAAACAACGAAGUGAACGAAGACCAAUUUCAACUCGCUACAACUGCCACAUCACACAUUCCUCUUGUAUCAUCACUACUGCAUGUUGAUUCCAAUUUCAAAGGCCAUGGAAAUGAAGGAGAAAGUUCAAACUAUGUAUCACCAGAACCAGCUUUUAGGUGUACAGAACAAACUGGCUUGGGCGGAACAAACAAUGGAUCCCAUAAUUAUUGGCUAUUUGAACCAUCAUCAGUAUUGGGAGACCUCGAUAAGAUGAACUUGCCGCAGUUGAUGGAACAAUUGCAGGAGCAAUCAGAUCUACCAGAACAGCAAUUGAUGGAUGAAGAAAUACAUACCAGUCAUCACAUCCAGUGCACUUCCCAAAGUGAAGAUCAUAAAAAGAAUAAAAGAAAAUUAAGUCAGGAAUUUUCUGGAGUUGAGCCCUCAGCCUCAAGCGCUGAAAAGCUUCCUGAAAUAUCACUUGAUUGGAAGAAGAUUGAAAGGUUGAAGCAUGGUUUGAGAUAA